AUGGUCGAGUUGACGGCAGGUCAGCGGAGGCGCUCGCUGCCCGAUCGCCUCAAGAAGCGAGGUGCCAAGCUCCUGCUCGCCUCAUUUCGCGUGCAACUCCGAUACCGGGGCCAAGAGGUACCUUUGCGCUUUCGACCUGCUUUUGCAUUGCUGACGGCGUUCACGCUCAUCAUAUUAUCCAUUCUCGGCUUUCAUCCGACAGCGGGCAGCAAGCUACCCGUCAACGACAAAGCGCUCCACUUUGUCUGCUUCUCUGUAGCGACGUCCUGUCUCUAUUGGACGCUCGAGGUCGAAGAAUCUGCAAGGCGCGUGUUUCUAUGGCGUCGCGCCAACGCGAUCUGGUGUGGCACACUGGCCUUCUUCGUGGGGGGCAUAUGUUCAGAGUUUGUGCAAGCCCUUUUGCCUUACAAAACGUUUCAGCUGGGCGAUAUCAUAGCAAAUUUGCUCGGCUGCUCAGUUGGCUAUUUCGUCUCAAGCCGGCUUGAGAAAACCUAUCGCGCAAACCGAGAACUGCUCGAGCUAUACCAGCCACUAGAAGAGCUUGAUCUCGAUCUCGAGGACGGUCUGGGCGGCAUGAAUGCCUUUGAUGGUCAGAACGGCAAGCCUGACGAUCCUUGGGAUGCCAAGGACGAGCUUUUCGCGCUAGGCGACGACGACGUAGACAAUACUGAGGCUCCACGCGGCUGA